AUCAGGAGCAACUGCACGUGAGCGUCCUGAGGAUAAUGAAGUUGGAAGGAUUGGAUCGCGGUUUCUACACGUGCGUCGCGAGCAAAGGCUCCGAGAAGAUCGCUUCUUCGGCGUUCGUGGAGGUGAUCGACAAUUGGGCGGCGAACGGCGGCGCGACAGGUGAUAUUCCGACGUACAGGCCGGUGUUUGGUUUCCACGGCAACGACGACGAAGACGCCGCUCCAGGACUAACGACCUCUUUCCCUCACGCAGAAGGCAGCCGCGACUUCCUCUCGACGAUCCCGAAUCCGGCCCUGCCUUCGAUCAACGAGCAGACCGUCCACAAUCCGGACCUGUUCGACGCCGCCUCCCCCUUCGGCGCCGAUCGCAUCCUCUCGUUGCCACCGCAACCACCGGCCGUCUACAACCGAAGUCAACCCUUCUGUCAGCCGUACGAGGGCACCGCUUGUCGGGCUUUCCUCGCCCAUCGGCACGUCUUCGUGCAGCCACCUCUCACCCAGGAGAAGAUCGAGGAGAACCUGGAGAACGCACUCCUCGUCGUCUCGCAGUCCAACGAUGUGUCUUCGAUCUGCAACAAAUUCGUCCUUCCCACGCUAUGCUACUCCUCGUUUCCGAUCUGCUCGGAACCGGAGCAGACCAACAAUUACCAGCAGUACUACAUAAACAAGCACAACGUCCUCGAGAAGAACAAAACCUACAAGAACUUAAGAAACAUGUCCAAUAUGCAUCUCCAAAGAAUUUGCAGACAAGAUUGCAUCCUUCUGGAAACUGAACUCUGCCGCUUAGAGUAUUCGAUAGCAAAAAGACAUCCAGUUAUAGGUACUUUGGAUUUGGAGGAAUGCGAGUUACUUCCUGAAGAGGACGACACGAAUUCCGCUUACUGCCUAAAACUGGACGUGGAUCAGCACAAUAUUGAUGAAAACGACAAAUGUUACUGGGACAACGGGAGACUAUAUAGAGGAGUGCUGGAUGUGAGCAUAACAAACACGAAAUGCAUACGCUGGGCUCACCAUCUUCACGUUUCCUUAGCGAAUUAUCCGGAGUUGGUGGGCCACAAUUACUGCAGAAAUCCCGGAGGUCUCGAGUCAGAGCCCUAUUGCUAUGUCGAGAAGAAUAAACGGGAGAUUUGCGGGAUAAAGAAAUGCUCUCAAAUUGUUUGGAUGUACAUCAUCGGCGGAGCCCUGAUCUUCGUCACUCUGGCAGUCUUCGCUCUGAUGUUCUACUGCUGCAAGAAGAAAAACAAAAACGCGCGUACAUUGAGAAACAUGAGUAUACCAACAGCAGAUAAGAACAUUUACGGAAACGGAGGUCCCAGUUCACCGAUGGAGAUGAACACUUUGCUUCCGACCGCUCCACCUUUACGCACUCACCACCCGAAGAACGGUUUCCAGAACGUGCCGCAAUACACGUACAAAGAAGUAGCUUUCGUUGAAGAACUCGGAGAGGGCGCAUUCGGUAAAGUCUACAAAGGCGAGCUGAGAGCCAAAGGCACGAAGACCUUCGUCGCUGUGAAAUCUCUGAAAGAGAACGCGAGCGCGAAGACGCAAGCGGACUUUCAGCGCGAAAUAGAGUUGAUUUCUGAGCUGAAACAUCCUAACAUCAUCUGUCUGCUCGGGGUGGUGAUGAAGCAGGAACCGAUGUGCAUGCUCUUCGAGUACAUGUCCGAAGGUGAUCUGCACGAAUUCCUGAUCGCCAACUCCCCGAACGACGGAAAGUGUCUGACGCAGGUGCAAUUCCUGCACAUCUCCAUACAGAUCGCGCAAGGCAUGGAAUACCUUUCGGAGAAUCACUACGUCCAUCGCGAUUUAGCCGCACGGAACUGCCUCGUUUCCAAAGAUCUGGUUGUGAAAAUCAGCGAUUUCGGUUUGUCCAGAGACAUGUACAGCUGCGAUUACUACAGGGUGCAAUCGAAAAGUCUGUUACCUGUGCGUUGGAUGCCGCCGGAAUCGAUUCUUUACGGGAAGUUCACGACGGAGAGCGAUGUUUGGUCGUACGGAGUCGUCCUCUGGGAGAUAUACAGUUACGGCCUUCAGCCGUAUUAUGGGUACAAUAAUCAGGAGGUGAUAAACAUGAUCCGAUCGAGGAAGCUGCUGCCGUGUCCUGACGCGUGUCCCAGCUACUGCUACGCUCUGAUGGUCGAGUGUUGGGCGGAAUUGGCCAUCAGGAGACCGAGCUUCGGGGAGAUCAGCCACCGUCUGCGCGUCUGGAAGCAGAACGGUGCUUACUUCAAGACUCACACUCUGGACGGUCACGGUCAUCCGCAGAGGUACGGUCACAGCUCGAAGUCGUCGCACACGAGCGGCGAUUCGCAGACGGUCUGUCCGACGUUCGAGAACCAUCACGACCCGUCGCUGACGUGGGAGCGAAGCCUGAAGAAGACGGCGUCUUCAGGUAAAUUGGAUGGAGGUAGUCAGAGCAGCCUGACGUCGCGGUCGAGUCUGGGCAACAAGACGCAGAGCACCAAUCUGAGCGACCAGAACAACGCGACGCAACGUAAUUCGCGAAAGAGUAUAGAGAGGAAAUGUGUUGUUCCGCAGGUGAGGAGGGCGGAGGGAAGUCUGGACAGGCCACCGAAACGGGCCACGGUUGUUGUUAGCACCGCCUGCCCGAACGGCGACCUCUUCGAAACCAAGAUCACAUAGUGACAAUAAGCAAUCCCAUAUUCUUUUCGGAAAAACAUCCUAAACGAGUCCCACGUUGGUCGCCGAAACGCUCGAACCCUUACAAGUGCUGCCCCCACACGUUGGUCGCCAAAAACGACGGCGACUGGAUCAAAUUUUGGAUGAAGUAACUCAAAUUUUUCUUCAUAUUUAACUUCUUCAUCAAGAAAAAACGAAACGCACAAAACGAUGCACGGAACAUCAACUUCGGUUUAGGUAAAGCACGAUUUUUUUAAUUAUUUCUUUCAAUUUACUUCCGUUUCCGGUUUCGCUAAUAACUCAAGCAUGCUACAAAAAAAAAAACAAAACACCAACCAUAUCACUAACUUAUGAAAAGAUAUAACAAUACUUAACGUUGCAAAAAAUUUGACAAUGUUGAAAAUAUUGAUUUAGUUAAUUUCCAUUUUAUAAUGUACUCUAUAUCCUAAUACUAAUAAACGAUUUAGUAAUCGAUCAUAUCAAUGAAUCAGCUGAAAAUUGUUGAUUUUCUUAAAGCUGAUGAUGAAAUUUCUAUUAUCAACUAUUGAAUUUGAUUUGAUUUGAUUUUUUGUAAAUUUUGAACGUGAACCGGAAAUGGAUUUUGUAAAUACGUAUAAGUUCCGUGCAUUCCGCGAAACUCCUUGUACAUAACUAUUAAGGAUAAUAAUAAUAUAUUGCUAAUAGUGACGAGAGACAAAAAACGAAAGUUGCCAAAAAAAAAAUAACAAGUUUCUUCGCGUCAAUCAAGACGUUCCUUCCUGCAAAAGUCCCUCCUCCCCGACCGAAAAACAAAAGCGAUAAUUAUUCGUCUUUUGUUUCAAAGCCCAGAUUCCUCGAUUAAUA